AAGAGGUGGAUCUUUUUCUGUCGCAAUGUCGGGAGGUCGUAAGCUGAGCUCCUCCGUUAGUCGUUUUUUAGGAGUCUUUAGUUCUAUGUGCCGAGGCACUCUGGCCGACCAUCCUCGCCUAACUUUGUCGGCGGUUUUUUCAGAAAGUCAGCCUGGUUGGACUCUGCCAUGGGUUUCCAGUGAAAACAGAACCAAGUGGCCAAAAUCUUGUAGGAUGACCUUUCCCUAUUUAAAUAGAAUGAAAUGUUACAGGUACCCAUGGACAAGACUGUACAGUACUGUGCAAAGCACUGUAGACAGCAGUGAGGUGAAAACCUUCCAAGCCCUGGCUCAUAGGUGGUGGGAUGAGCAAGGAUUAUAUGCACCUCUUCAUUCUAUGAAUGACCUGAGGGUGCCAUUUAUUAGAGACAAUCUUUUGAAAAAUGUUGCUAAUCACCAGCCAGGAAAACCUUUGUCUGGGAUGAAGAUUCUUGAUGUUGGCUGUGGUGGUGGAUUGCUAACUGAACCUCUAGGGCGGCUUGGGGCUUCAGUUAUUGGAAUUGAUCCUGUGGAGGAAAACAUUAAAACAGCACAGAGGCAUAAAUCAUUUGAUCCAGUCCUGGACUCAAGAAUAGAGUACAGAGUGUGUUCCCUGGAAGAGAUUAUGGAAGAGGCCACAGAAACUUUUGAUGCCGUCGUAGCUUCCGAAGUUGUAGAACAUGUGAUUCACAUAGAAACAUUUAUACAGUGCUGCUAUCAAGUAUUAAAACCUGGUGGUUCUUUAUUCAUUACUACAAUCAACAAAACACAACUUUCCUAUGCCUUAGGAAUUGUUUUUGCAGAGCAAAUUGCAGGUUUUGUACAGAAAGGUACUCAUACGUGGGAGAAGUUUGUUUCACCUGAAAAGCUAGAGAGUAUUCUGGAAUCAAAUGGUCUGUCAGUUCAAACUGUGGUGGGAAUGCUCUACAACCCCUUCUCAGGCUACUGGCAUUGGAUUGAAAAUACCAGCCUGAACUAUGCAGCUCACGCAGUCAAACCCAGUGUGCAGGAACCUCCAGUGCCUACAGAGGGUGUUUCAAAGGGGGAGACCGAAGAACACCAAGCGAAAGCUCCCACAAACCCAGGUGCACAUGAAGAACUGAAGAAAUGAAUUGUUUCUGAGGACUGUCAUAAUAUAGCUUGAAAAUUUGAUAUUUACAAAUACAAAAAAAUAUAUAAUUUAUCUUCUGAGAAAGAAUCAAUAAAACAGCUUGGACAAUAAAAAAAGCUUUGGGCUAAAGAUUUUGUUGUUAAUACCUAAUUGCUACUUUCAAGGGAUUAGUCUAUGUUUAAAAAGUUUUGCCAAGCUAUUAUGUAACAUAGGAGUUUAAGUUCUUUAGCCUUUGAUAUAAAAAUAGGAUAUGCAUAUUUUUUUUUCAUUUUACAGAUUACAUAUAUUUUUUGCAGCAUGUAUUUGCAUACAUAUAUGCUACAAUGGGUUUUAAUGUAAGGGAAUCCAUAUCCAUAUUUGGUUUUAGUUGAAGGCAGUCAUGCUUCUGACUAAUGAAAACUAAAUAUCAUUUUAUUGGGGAAGAUAAAAUAUUUUUUUCCUUUAAAUUUUACUUUGUCAGAAAGCCACGGGUUAAGUCUGUGCUGGAUUUGGAUUCAAACAUUAAAAUCAAGAAGUUCAGAUUAUGUUGGACAUACUAAUCUAUAUAGUCCUAUAAAUGUUUUAUGGUGUUUUUUGUUUUAACAUUUUUAAGUAGAAAGAAUUUUUUUUAACUCAGUAUAACAAUUCACUUACAAAAAUUUCCUUUUUUAGCUAACAUUUUAAUAAUUUAAGAGGCUUACUUGAAAUAUAUUUUUAUGCCUCUUGAAGUGUGUGAGUUUCUGGUGAUUUCUGAAAAUACAAAGUCUGUAUAAGGACAUACAUAGGGUUACUGGCCAAAUGUGGCAAACAUGGAUGGAAACCAUGUGGCUAGCCCUUUUUACUUUAAAUUCAUAUGUUUUAUAUAAUCAUGUGUCAUUGUGUUGGAUUUGGGCUCCUUGAGCAAAUACUUCCCAACCAUCUUAGCUUAUCAUUUGCUUGUUCUCAGUGGCAUUUCAGGGGAGGAAACUGAAAUUUAAAGAAUUAGAAGAGAAAUUUUAACUUCAGGUACUAAUGGCUAAUUAGGGGGAUAAAAAUUAAGAGUCCCCCUUGACCUUCAUUUAAAAGUUUCAUUCUUAGUUCAAAUUGUAGUAAACUGUUACCAAAGCAAAGCCUCCUCUUUCUAUCUGUUGGAAGAAAAGUAGUGGUAUUAAAACUAUUUAAGAUUAAUCUAAGGAAUGUGUAAUGGAAU